AAUAUUUCACCAACCUCGUCUCUUUCUAUCUCUCUCCUCCCCAAAUUUCUUUUCGAAUUUCUGAUUAUUUUUUUCCCAAUCAACCAAAAGAAUUAAAGUUAAUUUUUUCUCCAUAACACCGUUCGCUUAAACACUCAAAAUAAAUAAAAUUUCCCCCCAUUUUUCCUCGUGUAAUUAUGGCCUUUCAUGUUGCUUGCCCAAUUACCUGCCGGAAAAUAUGUUUCUGUGCGUUGGGAUUUGCUGGGCCGCUGCGGAGCGAGAAGGGGAAAGAAGAUUUUUUGAAGGAGGUUGCUAGGGUUGAGCUAUUCUUGAAGGACCCGUGGUUGAUCAAGGCCAAGGAGAAUGCGACCAUUCAGGUUAAAGUCCCCAAAGUUUCUGUUUCUCCCGCCUUGCCACCUCCAGCGCCCCAAUUGGCGGCGGAUGUGGCUGGAGUUGGAGGUGAGGAGGCGUCGGCGCAGGUGAAGAGGGCUGCGCUGCAGAAACAAGCUGCUGCUGCCUCAUUGGUAGCUGAGGAUUAUGCCAGGAGGUUUGAGUCUGGUGAUUUGGAGGCUAAGGAUGCUGCUGGAGAAGAGCAAGGCCUGUCAACUGCCAAAGUGAUGUGCCGAAUAUGCUUUUCUGGUGAAAAUGACGAAAGUGAAAGGGCGAGGAAGAUGCUAUCUUGCAAUAGCUGUGGCAAGAAGUAUCACCGGAAUUGUCUUAAAGCUUGGUCCCAAAACAGAGAUCUUUUUCACUGGAGUUCUUGGACUUGCCCCUCUUGCCGUACAUGCGAGGUCUGUCGGAGAACUGGAGAUCCAAAUAAGUUCAUGUUCUGUAAAAGGUGUGAUGGUGCAUACCACUGUUAUUGUCAGCAACCUCCACAUAAGAAUGUUGGCCAUGGACCUUAUCUGUGUCCCAAGCACACCAAAUGUCAUAGCUGUGAUUCUACGGUGCCUGGAAAUGGCUUAAGUGUAAGGUGGCUUUUGGGCUACACUUGUUGUGAUGCUUGUGGAAGAUUGUUUGGCAAAGGAAAUUACUGCCCAGUCUGUCUGAAGGUGUAUAGAGACUCCGAAUCAACUCCUAUGGUAUGCUGCGAUAUCUGUCAACGUUGGGUGCAUUGUCCUUGUGACGGAAUCAGUGAUGCUAAAUACAUGCAAUUUCAAGUUGAUGGAAAUCUCCAAUAUGUUUGCCCCACAUGCCGUGGAGAAUGCCCCCAGGUUACGAAUCUUGAGGAGGCUGUUCAGGAGCUCUGGAGGCGAAGAGAUGAGGCUGAUAAGGAUUUGAUAGCAAGCUUGAGGGCAGCUGCUGGUUUGCCAACUCAAGAAGAAAUAUUUGACAUCUCACCUUUCUCUGAUGAUGAAGAGAGCGGACCUGUAUCAGUAAAGAAUGAAUAUGGCCGUUCCUUAAAGUUCUCUCUGAAAGGGUUAGGUAAUAAAUCACCAAGAAAGAGCAAAGAGUAUGGGAAAAAAUCUUCAAAUAAGAAGUAUGGCAAGAAAAGAGGGAAUGAAACAUCUCUGAUCAGUGGAGUUGAUACGUACCGUAGUUUAGAUGGGUAUGGCGAUGGUCCAUCUGGACAGAAUACUGGCAAUAAUAAGAAUGAUGAAAUGCAGCUUUCCAAUGAACCUGCUUCUGCUUUCUCUCCUGUUGCUGGAAGCUUGAUGGAAGACACAUGUGCGGUAACUGAAGCAGCAGCCUCGAAACAUAAAUAUAUUGAUGAGGUUUCAGCAACCAAUGUAACAAAGGCAUCUAGAACUAUCAGAAUAAAGAGUAACAAAUCCCGGGGCUUCACUAACAGGGAGGAAAUAGGAGGUAAUACUGGCAUACCCAAGACUGCACAGGGGCCAAAGCUUGUUAUACAUUUGGGUGGCCGAAGCAAAAAUACUAGUCCUCCCAUGGGGCAAGACAAGACUUCAUCCAAAGGAACUGAAGAUACAGGCCAGCUGAAACAACAUCAAGAGCACAUCAAUAGACCUGAUUCUGCAGCUAAAUUUGGGGAGCAAAAAGGUUUAAAGUUGCAAGUUAAAGAUGGCCCCUUGAUAAAGCUCAAGAAUGCUUCUAAUUUAGGAUUGUCUAACAUCAGAGGAUUCAGCGAGGGCCAUGAAUCGGUUUCUCCUAGGAAUACAUACUCGAUACUAGGCAAAAGAAGUGCUGAAGACAGCGCAUCUGCAAGGAGUGGACCUGAAGUCCCUGCUAGCCGAAGGAGCAAACACACUUCAAUUGGACAUGGCGAGGAUGUGUCUGCUUCUGGUGACCUGAUUGAUGACAGCAGUAGCUUGCCUUCUGUUUCACAGGCUCCGACAAAGGAGCGGAAGCCUUAUUUGAAGUUUAAAAUUCCCAAGAAUUCUAAUAAUGGAAACCAAAUUGUAUCCAGUACGGGAAAUCAGGAUUCCUUACCUCCGCCUGGGAAGGAUGAGAUAACUUACACCAGGGGACAGAGGUCAAAACGGAGGAGACCAGCACCGGGUGAUGAAGAUUCCUCCCAACGGCAUGAAGAUAGCACCAUAAAGGACUUUACAGAUGCCAACUGGAUACUGCAGAAAUUGGGAAAAGAUGCCGCUGGGAAAAGAGUAGAGGUUCAUCAGUCGUCUAGCAAUUCCUGGCAUAGGGGUACGGUGGUGGAAGUUUUUGAGGGAACGUCAGUUGUUUCCAUUGCUCUUGAUGAUGGAAAGUCCAAGAGUUUCAAGCUUGGGAAGCAGGGGAUUCGUUUCAUUUCUCAGAAGCAAAAGCACUGAGUUAGAUCUUCUAUUUUGUUUUCCAGUAGACAUGGCAUCUUGAAAAGUGGUGAAAGAUUAACCACCUAACAUGGAAGAUUGUCCAAUUUUCUGUUGCCCGGAGGCGGCUUUGACGAGGCCAGCUGCAGCUGCGGAGAAUUGGAAAUUGCUCCUCUCUUGUCAAAUUUAUCAUAUUAUCAGAUUCAGUUGACAUGGUUUAGGCCUUGUUACUUAUUUGCCCUGUCUGUAAUGUUUUUCAUGUAAAUGCUUAGAAACUGUUUUGUAUCUAUAGCUAUGCCUCCUACUAGUCCUAGAGAAACCAUUGAUAAUUGUAAGAUAUCUUGGAAUAUAACCUCUGUAUCUCUUGCUCUACUUCUUUAAAUCCCCAUUUAAUUCGGAAUGCUUUAAA